AUGGCACUUUCUGCUUCUGCAGAUGGAAGCGAGACUGCCCUCAUUGAGCAGUGCGGCGCUCACAUUGGCGAAGACACGGUUGCAUCAUCCGAGUCCGUGCCCGCCCUUCGCUUUCAAAAGAAUACUCUCGCCCAUCUCCCAGUUGAGAUUCUUGCGGAUAUAUUUAUGUACAUCGUAUCAGAGGAGGAGAGUUAUAUGGGUGUAUCCAACCCUGGCGGUGCUCCUACGUGUCUGGCGGUCACGCACGUCUGCAGGCACUGGCGCCAAACCGCCCUCGGGUGCUCGACUCUUUGGGCAUUUAUCGAUGGCGUCUCUGCUCAGUGUCUAGCCAUCAUGCUGGAGAGGUCGAAGAAAGCUGUCCUGGUCGUCAUUUACAAUGAUCCCAAACCGCUACGACAAUGUGGCUUUGAGAAAAUUCUUUUACAGUUACCUCGAAUCAAAUUUCUCCAGUUGUGUCCAUCUCCACCUGAGGCUGAUCGCAUUUUGAACUGCUUAUCAUCGCUACCCGCACCGUUGCUUCAUACAUUCAAAUUC